UCCCCUGCAGCAGAUGCCGGACGCCAUGAUGAGCUGGGGUUUUGCCCGCAGCAGUGAACAGGGACAGGCAGCCCAGAUUGACGUCAGCAAGGUCGCAAUUUCUUGCAAUUCGCAGCAGAACUUUUCCUCUUCCGACAACAACAACAGCAACAACAAAAAAAAAAAAACAUGAAAUCAUUAAUUUUUUCCGCCCCACAAUGAAGACGCGUCUCGCCAACCGCUGUAACGGAGGAGAAGACGCAUCCGCGAGCUCAUUUCCGAAGACCGGAAUCUAAAGGAAAGAAUCGAGCUCGCGCAGCCUCGCGCCGCCUCGCGCCGUUCGCAGUCCUGCCAGAGGAGGGGCAUCCGAGCUUUUGUAGCAUUGCAGAUCCAGCGGCGAUACGUGUUUGGUUACUGCACUCUGGAUACACACAUGUAGCAGCAGCCGGGGCUUCGCUCUAUUGGCGCGGAUCUGCGGGAAUCAGAGAAACCCAGAGAGAAAGAAGCAUCAAGCGUGUGGUUCCGUCAAACCCACCGGCCAGGGCACGGUCGCUUGCGGGCGAGUAAGUCUUCCUUGAUGUGCCCAGGUCCAGAAAGCCCAGGAGACAUUGGGCGAUGUUAUUCGUCACGUUAACCUUCACGUCGUUCUGCGCUUUUGGCGAGGCCGGCCAUGUCUGAGCCGUUUUAGCUGGACGGUCAUUUCCCUGCCUUGAGCUUUUAUGGCGAGAGCAUCCGAGCGUGCCGCUGGCUGGCAGGCGUAGUCGGGUUAUUUGUGCUGGAGGUACACCUCCUCGCCAACGGUGCAGCUGGAGCCAUGUCUGGGGAGGUGCGCUUGAGGAGGCUGGAGAAGCUGUUUCUGGACGGGCCGUGCCAGUCGAACCAGUGCCUGAGCGUGGAAGCCCUGCUGGACGUCCUCGUCUGCCUCUACGAUGAGUGCACCAACUCUCCUCUCCGGAGGGAGAAGAAGAUUUUGGAAUUCCUGGAGUGGGCCAAACCCUUCACCUCCAAGGUGAAGCAGAUGCGCCUGCACAAGGAGGACUUUGAGAUCCUGAAGGUGAUUGGUCGCGGAGCGUUUGGAGAGGUGGCCGUCGUGAAGGUGAAGAACGCAGACAAAGUGUUUGCCAUGAAGAUCCUCAACAAAUGGGAGAUGCUGAAGAGGGCUGAGACGGCAUGCUUUCGGGAGGAGCGGGACGUGCUGGUGAAUGGGGACAGCCAGUGGAUCACCGCAUUACAUUACGCCUUUCAGGAUGAGAACCACCUGUACUUGGUGAUGGACUACUAUGUAGGUGGAGAUCUGCUCACCUUGCUCAGCAAGUUUGAGGACCGCUUGCCUGAAGACAUGGCCAAGUUCUACCUAGCAGAGAUGGUGCUGGCCAUCGACUCUGUGCACCAGGUGCACUACGUCCACAGAGACAUCAAGCCGGAUAACAUCCUGAUGGAUGUGAACGGUCACAUCCGCUUGGCUGACUUUGGCUCCUGCCUCCGCCUCACGGAGGAUGGAAUGGUGAGUCCUCGUGUGUCUGCACCAGUGCUGAGUCCUGUGAGCCAGCUGCUGGGUCUAACCUCCUGGCUAUGCCCCUGUCAGGUACAGUCAUCAGUUGCUGUGGGAACGCCUGACUACAUCUCCCCUGAGAUCCUGCAGGCCAUGGAGGAUGGUAAGGGGAAGUACGGGCCGGAGUGUGACUGGUGGUCUCUGGGCGUGUGUAUGUACGAGAUGCUCUACGGGGAGACGCCCUUCUACGCAGAGUCACUCGUGGAGACCUAUGGCAAGAUCAUGAACCACAAGGAGCGCUUCCAGUUCCCGCCACAUGUGGGCGACGUGUCGGAGGAGGCGAAGGACCUUAUGCGGCGGCUCAUCUGUGCCCGAGAGCACCGGCUCGGCCAGCACGGCAUCCAGGACUUCAGACGACACCCGUUCUUCUCAGGCAUCGAGUGGGACAGCAUCCGCUCCUGCGAGGCCCCUUACGUCCCUGAAGUGAGCAGCCCCACAGACACAUCCAACUUCGACGUGGAGGACGACUGUCUCAAGAACUCGGAAACGAUGCCACCGCCCUCCCACACGGCCUUUUCCGGACACCAUCUCCCCUUUGUCGGAUUCACCUACACUAGUAAAUGCUGUCUGUCAGACCGGGGUUCUCUGCGGGACAGCGGGGACUCAGGCCAGGUGGAUGAAGGGCUCCAGAGGUGUCUGGAGGACAGUCUGGCCUCCGAGGCAUACGAGCGGAGAAUCCGCCGCCUGGAGCAGGAGAAGGCUGAGCUCAGCCGCAAGCUGCAGGAGUCCAGCCAGACGGUCCAGGCCCUGCAGUACCCAAACUCAGACGUGCCGGUCACUGGCAGCAAGGAGGUGGAGAUCAGGAGCCUGAAGAGUGAGAUCGACAUCUUGAAAAAGCAGAUUGCAGAUUCUGGCCAGCUGGAGCAGCAGCUGGAGGAGGCCAGCUUGGUGCGCAGGGAUCUGGAAGACUCCUCCAAGACCAUCAAGACUCUGGAGAAACAGCUCAAGAGCGUGAUGCAGGAGAACGAGGACCUGCAGAAGGGGCUGCUCGCGUCCGAGGAGAAGCUGAAGACCCAGGGCAAGGAGCUGAAGGAGGCGCACAGCCAGAGGAAGCUGGCCAUGCAGGAGUUCGCCGAGCUGAACGAGCGGCUGACGGAGCUGCGCUCCCUUCGCCAGCGGCUCACGCGCCAGCUCCGCGACAAGGAGGAGGAGGUAGAGAGCCUGGCGCAGAAGCUGGAGGCGCAGAGACUGGAGGCGCGCAAAUCCGAGAGGGCCCGCAAGGAGCUGGAGGGCCAGGCAGACGAGUGGAGGAGCGUAGCCCAGAAACAGCGGCAGCAGAGGGAGAGGAGCAGACAGCACAGCCGGCAGCUGGAGGACGAGCUGGAGGUCACGAAGACGGGCCCCGGCCACGCUGCGCCAGGGGCCGCCACACCGCUGCAGCAGCAGGAGGAGGUGGCUCGUCUUCGGGCGGAGCUGGAGAGGCAGGGAGCGCAGCAUGAGCAGGAGAUGAGCCGUCGCGAGACGCAGCACAGCAGUGAGCUCAAGGGCCUUCGCAAGGAGGUGCACGACGCCGAGGCCCAGCACCUCACCCUGCAGAAGGAGACGCUCGUGCUGAAAGACAAGCUGGAGAAGACAUGGCGGGAGAGUCAAAACGAGCGCGAGGAGUUCGAGGCCGAGUGCAGGCAGAAGUUUGAGCGGGAGAAGCUUCUGUUGACGGAGGAGAACCAGAAGUUAAGCAGCGAACUGGAGAAGAUGAGCUCCGACUAUGAGAGUCUGAGCAGUAGCCACCGGCAGCUGGAGGAGGAGACGAGGGAGGUGGCCGAUAAGAAGGAGAGCGUCGCCCACUGGGAGGCCCAGAUUACUGAGAUCAUCCAGUGGGUAAGUGAUGAGAAAGAUGCUCGAUGCUACCUCCAAGCACUGGCCACUAAGAUGACUGAGGAGCUGGAGGGUCUGAGAAACACCAGCCUGGGAGCCAGAGGCACUGACAUGCCAUGGAAGAUGCGGCGCUUUGCUAAGCUGGACAUGUCUGCCCGUCUGGAGCUACAGUCUGCGCUGGACGCCGAGAUUCGCGCCAAGCAAACCAUCCAGGAUGAGCUCAGCAAGAUCAAAGCCUCCAACAUCUCCACUGAGUGUAAACUGCAGGAGUCAGAGACCAAGAAUCAGGAGCUGCUGGUGGAGGUCGAGAGGUUAAGGAAGGAGGCGGAGGACCUUCGGCACAGGCGCGGAGUCAGACAGCAGGACUCUCAGAACUCUAUCUUGGCCUUCCUGAACACCCCGACCUCGACGCUCGACCAGUAUGAGCGCUCACCUUCUUGUGGCCCAGGAACCAAAGGCAGACGCAUCGACUCUGCUGAUCUCACUCCCUCCAACACGCCAUCGCGGGACGAGGACUCUAAAUCACGCCGUGUCUCACGCUCUCGCUCACCGUCCACCACCAGCGACAUGGAGCCCAUCGAGUUGGUGGACCAUGCCUCACGCCUCCACACCCCCACGGGAAGGUCCACCUACAGCAGCCUGAGCCACGCCUCCCCUAAACCUAAGGCCCAUCAGUUUGUGGUGACGUCCUUCAGCGUCCCCACCAAAUGCCACCAGUGCACCUCCCUGAUGGUGGGUCUCAUGAGGCAAGGCUGCACCUGUGAAGUGUGUAAUUUCUCCUGUCACGUGACGUGUGCGGACAAAGCUCCAGCUGUGUGCCCUGUCCCUCCGGACCAGACCAAGGGUCCUCUGGGCAUCGACCCGCAGAAGGGAAUCGGCACCGCCUACGAGGGUCACGUCCGGGUGCCGAAGCCCACGGGCGUGAAGAAGGGCUGGCAGAGAGUGCUGGCCGUGGUGUGUGACUUCAAGCUCUUCCUGUACGAGCUGGGUGAGGGAAGGAGUACCCAGCCCAGCGUGGUGGUCAGCCAGGUCAUUGACAUGAGGGACGAAGAGUUUUCAGUGAGCUCGGUGCUGUCGUCAGAUGUCAUCCACGCCAACAGGAAGGACGUCCCCUGCAUAUUCCGAGUGACGGCAUCCCAGCUGUCCUCUGGCCAGAAGACAUCUGUCCUGAUCCUGGCCGACAGCGAAUCGGAGCGGGCCAAGUGGGCGGGGCUACUCUCCGAGCUGCACCGCCUACUCAGGAAGAACAAGCUGAAGGAGCGUUCCGUGUAUGCACCCAAAGAGGCCUACGACAGUGCCCUGCCCCUCAUCAAAAGCACGCAGGCCGCCGCCAUCAUUGAUCACGAACGUGUGGCUUUGGGUAACGAGGAGGGCCUCUAUGUGGUCCACGUGACCAAGGACGAGAUCGUCCGUGUGGGGGACAAUAAGAAAGUCUACAACGUGGACCUGCUGCCCUCUCAGCAGCUGCUGGCCGUCAUCUCGGGCAGGAACCGCCACGUGCGCCUGGUUCCCAUGGCAGCGCUCGACGGCCGCGAGGCCGAAUCCUUCAAGCUGCCUGACACCAAGGGCUGCCAGACGCUGGCGUCCGGAACACUGCGCAACAGCGCCCUCACCUGCCUGUGCGUGGCCAUGAAGCGCCAGAUCAUCUGCUAUGAGGUCAACAAGAGCAAGGGCCGUCACCGACGGCUACGGGAGAUCCAGGCACCUGCAUUGGUCCAGUGGAUGGCGCUGUUGAGUGAGCGUCUGGUGGUGGGCUACCAGGCAGGCUUCACGCGCUACACCCUGCAGUCGGACACGCCGCCCGUGAGCCUGCUGCACCCUGACGACCCCACGCUGGCCUUUGUGGGUCAGCAGGGCCUGGAUGCGCUCGGCGCCGUGGAGAUCUCUGGCCGGGAGCUGCUGUUGUGCUUCAGUGGCGUGGGCGUCUACGUGGACAUGCAUGGACGCCGCUCGCGCCAGCAGGAGCUGAUGUGGCCUGCUAUCCCCACCUCCUGCUGCUACAGUGCCCCCUACCUGUCCGUGUACAGUGAGAAUGCUGUGGAUGUGUUUGAUGUGAACACCAUGGAGUGGAUACAGACCGUCCCUCUCAAAAAGGUGCGGCCCCUCAACCCGGAUGGCUCACUGAACCUGCUUGGCACAGAGACAGUGAGACUCAUCUACUUCAGAAACAAGACAGCAGAAGGAGAUGAGCUGGUGGUGCCAGAGGUGUCUGAGAACAGUCGGAAACAGAUGGUGCGCAGUAUAACCAACAAGAGACGCUUCUCGUUCCGCAUACCUGAGGAGGAGCGGCUACAGCAGAGGAGGGAGAUGUUAAGGGACCCUGAGAAGAGGAACAAACUAAUCUCCAACCCCACCAACUUCAACCAUGUGGCUCACAUGGGGCCUGGAGAUGGCAUUCAGAUCCUUAAAGACCUGCCCAUGAACGUGCGUGCUCAGGACAGCCGUGCUGGCUUCAGCGGCUCCGUCAGCAUCCCGUCACUGACGAAGAGUCGCGCUGAGCCUGGCAGAUCCAUGAGUGCCAGCAGCAGCCUAGGAAUACGCCCCAGCUCCCAGAACGGCAGCGCCCUGAGGAGAGAGCUGUCCAGCAAUAGCUACAGCUCCAAACGCCACACCAUGACUUCCCCGUCGGAGAGCUCGCUGUCCUCGGGUGGGGGGAUGGACGUGGGAGACGCCCCGCUCUCCCAGUUCGACAGGGAGUGGCAGGCCGUCUCGCCCUCGGAGAAGACGCCCGAUCUGAAGCGGGCGCUGAGGACGCUGCUCAGUAAAAUGAAGGACUCGGACUCUCCUCGCCACUCCACAGCCUCCAACAGCUCCGCCUUCAGCAGUCCGCCGAGCCCCGCCUCCCCGCACAAGACCAAGUCUCUCUCUCUGGAGAGCACAGACCGUAUGGGCUGGGACACAUGAUGGACGCACAGCUAGACCAAUCGCAACACUCCCUGGCUCUGCCCGCCACAGGCUCCCUCCCUCCUUCCCCGCCAACGUAACUGCACAUAGCACUACAGCCCCUCCCACUUAAUUUUGCAAGCAGUUCACAAACGAGGAGCACUUUUGUGUGUGUGUGUGUGUGUGUGUGUGUGUGUGUGUGCGUGCACGCGUACACAGUGGAUGUAAUCGACCCCUUUCAAACUGGCUUGAAGCUGAUUGGACAACUGCAACACUGAGGAUCUUACUUCAGAAUAUUACUGACUGGACUUCAGCCAGUUAAUCCAGAAAUACGCAACGCACACGACUGCAGGAGGGAGGAGGAGGCUUUUAUCUUGACUAGCGUUUGUACAUAUACUGGGGGUUGGGGUGAAGUAUUUAUUUCUCGUUUCCAACACUAGCUGGUGAAAAUCUGUAUGGAUUUUCUCACGUUCCUCUUCAACUGUAGAUCAUACAAACAGCUGCAUUUAUGGGGGGAAAAGACAUAAAUGUGAUUGUUUAUUUUAUUUCAGAUACUUUUUUUUUUUUUUUUGCUCUAGGAAGUGACAUGUGCAGAGACUUGUUUCCUACUUUGAAUCCCAUUCUGAUUGGCUGCAGAUUUCAUUGUGAAAUGUUCUUGGUCGACCUCAUCAGUUGCUUCCUGUAAUAGACUCCUAAGCCUCUGUCUGAUUUUGAUGACAUCAUGAAUUGUUUUCCCGGUUCAGCAUAAUUAAAACUUCCAUAGACCACCUGCAAAACAACAGAUUUGCGUUGCAGUGAUGUACAUAGGUAUAAUUAUAGUAUAAUAUAAUGGAAUACUGUAGAAAACAAAAAAACAAAGAAAUCUUCAUUUUUUUUCUUUUUUUUUUUUUUAAUUUUAACAUAGCCAGUCCAAGGCCAUUUGAAACGGUUUUAGGUGCAUUAUUGUGCUUUGACCUUUUCUCCCCUCCUGAAAACCAUGCUUGGUAGGGUUUAUUUGAAGAUUUCUGUGAGCCGUUGGCCAAAGUCAUGUUUCUAAACGCUUCAUCCCUCACAGGACACAUCUCUGUAUAUUGUUUUGCUUUCAUUUUAUUUGACUGUGUUGUAAGAAAUAGAAAUAUACAUUUUUCAGAAGCUGACAAUGCGUAUUUGGAUUUAAAGGAGAGAAGAAAACUGUAUUGACAUUUUUACAUUCCUGCCAUAAACAACAGUACGUGUAACCUGCAGUGCGGUUUUACUGUACUUUAGGUCUUUUAAGCAAUGGAACAAAUGUAGCUUUUUUUUCAAACAUUUUCUGGAAGGAAAAUGUUUGAGAGGGUUAACAGUAUUGUGAUCCUUAUAUUUAACUGUAAAUUCACUCCUGUAAUUUAACUGUAGAUUUACGACGACAUUCACCACAAACUGCAACAAAGAUGCAGUUUCACUUUAUUUUGUGAAAGACAGACCAGCUGGCCAGAAUGCUUUGUGUCUUCCUCUGAAGAUUAUGCCGUGUAUGAUGGUCUUGCCUUGGUGUUGGACAAUAAAACCUCCAGUGACCAUUCCA